AUGGAGAAAGACAUCGAAGCAAUGUCAGCAAGUCCUAGUGGCAGCUCCGACUUAUCCCAGGGAAAGGUCGAAUUCCCUCCUGCAGCCACCGCAUUCGGCCGCUUCGUGGACGGUUUCAAACGCAAUCCCCAUGCUCGGGUCACGACCCAGGCAAUCGACGCCAAUGGCAGGAUGCUCCCAGACCAGCCUCCCGCCGAACCAGCUUUGGCGAUGAAGCUGAAGGAACGCCAUCUCCAGAUGAUUGCGAUUGGUGGUUCAAUCGGGACUGGCCUCUUUGUGGGCUCCGGAUCCGCUCUAGCUACUGGAGGUCCUGCAUCGUUGAUUAUCGCGUAUGGCCUCAUAGGCAUCACGUUGUACUGCACCACUCACGCUCUCGGUGAACUCGCGGUGCAGUAUCCUGUUGCUGGAGCGUUCUCCGUUUAUGCGAGUCGAUUUGUGGACGAGGCCUGGGGUUUCGCGAUGGGCUGGAACUACGCUCUCCAAUGGCUUGUGACUCUUCCUCUCGAGAUUGUCGCCGCAUCUCUUACACUUGAAUUCUGGCCGGGCAGUCGGGACGUUAACGGGGCUGCCUGGGUAACUAUAUUCCUGGUGGCCAUUAUCAUCAUCAACUUCUUUGGGGUCAGAGGCUACGGCGAAGCCGAGUUCGUCUUUUCGAUCAUCAAAGUCGUCGCGGUCAUCGGCUUCAUCAUACUCGGCAUCAUUAUCAACACUGGCGGUGUCCCAGGCGAUCAUCGAGGCUAUAUCGGCGCCCACUACUGGUAUGAUCCAGGCGCUUUUAAUCACGGAUUCAAGGGCUUGUGCUCCGUGUUUGUCACGGCCGCCUUCUCCUUCAGUGGAACCGAGUUAGUAGGCCUCGCAGCCGCCGAGACUGAGAACCCUCGUAUAGCGUUGCCUACCGCUGUGAAGCAAGUCUUCUGGCGGAUCGCCCUGUUUUACAUGGUCUCACUGACCAUCGUGGGUGUCCUCGUCCCAUACAACGACCCACAACUGCUGAACGGCAGCUCCUCAUCGGACGCCAAUGCCUCUCCAUUCGUCAUUGCCGUCCGCAACGCCGGCAUUGAUGCAGUCCCGUCCAUCAUGAACGUCGUCAUCCUCAUUGCUGUCCUGUCCGUGGGAAACUCCUCCGUCUAUGGCUCCAGCCGGACUCUGGCUGCGCUUGCAGACAUGGGUCAGGCUCCUAAGAUAUUGGGCUACGUCGACCGUGAGGGCCGUCCAUUGGUCGCCAUUAUCGUGUCUUCCCUCGUCGGAUUUCUGUGUUACAUUGUCGCGGCUGGUCCGGACACCUCAACUCAAGCUUUCAAUUGGAUGAUUGCGAUCAGUGGUCUUGCCUCGAUUUUCACCUGGGGUACCAUUUGUCUAUGCCACAUCCGCUUCCGCAGCGCCUGGCGCCUUGCCGGCCGCUCCCUGGAUGAACUCGCCUUCAGAUCACAAGCCACGGUGUACGGCUCGUGGAUAGGUCUGGCCAUGAACAUUCUGAUUCUAAUUGCACAAUUCUGGACCGGCUUUGCACCGGUCGGCUACGCCGAAAUGUCUGCAUCGGAGUUGGUGGAGAAUUUCUUCGAAGUCUACCUUGCAGCGCCUAUCGUCAUUGCGAUGUAUGUUGGCUAUAAGCUGGUAAAGAGGACCAAGAUUCGAAAGACUACAGAGAUCGAUAUUACGAGUGGGCGGAGAGAAAUCCAUAACCUCAGAGAGAUCCUCGAGGAGGAGCGCAGGAUUCAGGCUACUUGGCCAUGGUGGAAGAAGAUCUGGAAGACGGUCUGCUAG